UCUGCCUGAAACGUCAACUGCUUACUCUCUCUCCACAGACGCUGCCUGACCGGCUGAGUUGCUCCAGCGUUUUGCGUCCGUGUUUGCAGAAUCCGCAGAAUCUCUUGUGUCUGUAAUUAACGACCGAUCUCCCUCGAAGCCCCGAGCUUUACCUGCCCCGAAUACUAAUCGGACAGCAUCUGCGCUGGGACGGCGCCGAGCCUCCAGGGCGGUGCUGGGGUCCGCGCCGCGCUCGCUUCUCCGGUACACUAACAGGUAGUUUGACACCCCAACUCUGGGGAGCAAUUAACGCUGACAGAGAUCGCCUCGGCAACUCUUCGCACUCCACCCUCCCCCCACCCCAGCCGUCUACCUCGCUCAUUCAACAUCUUCUCUCAGACAGGAGCAGGUCUCCUGUUCCUCGCCGUCUGCCGCUGGUGGGAUUAAUCGUUCCAAUCAGACAUGGUGAAGCCUGGAUGCAAUUUCUCUGAGAAGGCAGAGAAACAGCAGGGUACAGACGAUGGGUUUGAUAACAUCCCUUUGAUAACUCCACUCGAUGUAAAUCAACUUCAGCAGCCACUCCCCGAGAAGGUGGUAGUGAAGACCAGGACUGAGUAUCAGAUCCAGCAGAAGAAGAAGAGGAAGCUGCACAUCCCGGGGAUUAAGAAGCUGAACAUUAAUCUUUAUGAUGAAGUCUCUGAGAAAGUCAAGCUCACGGGAUUGAUCAUCAUCACCAUGGCGUUCCUCGCCUGCCUCUUGAUGCUCGUCAUGUACAAGGCAUUCUGGUACGAUCAGUUAAGCUGCCCCGAAGGUUUCGUAUUUAAGCAUAAACACUGCACCCCUGCCGCUCUGGAGAUGUAUUACUCUGAGCAAGAGGCAGGGCCCCGCGGAAGCCUCUACACAGCCAUUAGCCACUUACGUCAGGCUAAGAGAACCAUUCCUGAUCUCUCAUCACCAUGGCUACCGGGCAUUCCUGCCUUGAAAGGAGCUGCGUCGUCAAACGAGGAGCCUAACAAGCCUCAGCAAUAGAAGAGUCAAGAAGAAAAAUAAACUCAUCUCAUUGGUUAUUGAAAUACUCAAGCAUUAUAUCAAUGUCCUGAGCAGGACAAGUCUUUCUCUUGUUGGGGGUGGCGGGGUAUAUGUGUGUGCCUGUGUAUGUGUGUGUGUGUGUAUGUACAUAUUCAUGUGUGGGGGUCUAUCUCUGCGACUGUACAAUAGAGAUGUACACACACAUGCAUAGUGUGUAUGGUAAUUUGUUCUGUUUGUGCAAUCAUGUGUGUAUGAAAGAGAGUUCAUGUGUGUAUACAUGUAUGUUAGAGAGUGUAUGUUUGUGUAUGUAUGAGUGUGAGAGAGACAGGGAGAGUAUUUGAGUAUCUAUCCACGUGUAUUUUUGUUGACUUGAGUCUGUGUGAAUAUAUGUCAGUGUAUCUGAGUGAGUGAGAGACAGAGAGAUGGGUGAGACAACCACAAUCAAAUCGCAUUAUAUAAUCAAAUUUAGUUGGUUUUUCCAAGCUGCUGUUGGGGGUUAAAGUGAAGGUUAAUUUGUUCAUUCUUGAACAAUCAAAUCCAACUCUCAGUAGGUAACAAAAUAACAGGGCAGUACUGUUAAAACAUUUUUCUGUAAAUUGGCUUUAGGGACCAGGUCUGAAAAAGGCCCGUGAAACUGAGCACAUUUUCCCAUUGUGGCCAUGUUAGCUGUUUCUAACACUCUAACGUAUCUGCGUAAUGAUUGUUUGUUGUUUGCAUUGUUUGACCUGACUCCAAUUCCCAAUGCUCUUUGGUUACUUCCCCUUAAGUCCCAGCUUUAUUAUUGUAUGGCAAAACUUUUGUUCUCCCUUUGGAGCCCACUGUCAGAGGAUGAGAUGGUGUCUGAAAUAAACACCCAGAGGUUGAAAGAGAAUCAUCCAUUGAUUCAUAGAUGAGCCCCAGAUAGAAAGCUUUCAGUCAACCAGCCAGAUCCCUUGUGGCCUUGCCCUGGUAACUGAGCUAACCACAGAUAGUACGGCUACAAGGGUGGGAGAGAAUGAUUUGCUCGGACAACAGUGAAUGGAAUCCUGGCACUGCAGAUGCUGGAGAAAGUGUGUAAAUAAUGUUUAUUAACCCUUUGUGCUGGAGGAACAGCAGCUCAGGCAGCAUCUGUGGAAAGGGAUACAGAGUCGACGUUUUGCGCCGUGAUCCUUCAUUAGUCCUGAGAUGCCAAGAAUUGUAAAUGGCCAUUAGUCUCGUGAGACCAUAGAUCUGCGCCUGGAAAGUCUUGCUUCAGUCUCUCCAGGGCGCAGGCCUGGGCGACGUUGUAUGGAAGACCGGCAGUUGCCCAAGCAGCAACUCUCGCCUCUCCAUGCCACCGAUGUUGUCCAAGGGAAGGGCAAGGGCCGAUACAGCUUGGCACCGGUGUCGUCGCAGGAGUUGCCAGAACGAGGUUGAAGGCAACGUCGGACUGCCUUAGGGACUCCAGCUCCAGAUUUGUCCUCAGGGUUUACUCCCAAAGCCUUUCCCAUGAGUGGGCAUGGCUGCAAGGCAGCGCAGGUUUGAAAUCAGAGUUUUUCCUCUCUUAGGUGGACUGCCUUCCCAGGCUGAGUUGCUCCAUCUACCUGAAGCACUGGUUUUAAGGCGCCAGGACCUGCCUUCGUCCCUUCUCCUGUCAGUAGAAGCAGUUCCGCUGGGCCUAGAGGCUAAGCCAGGAGUUGGACUUGGUUGUCAGAGGCUAUUUGAGGUGCAUGCCGCGAGGAGCACUUUUAGGUAGUGGGAGUUUGUUCCCUACUACCACCCCUUGGCUUGACAACCUUGGAUAAAGAGUUACCUCUUUGUAAGCAAAGGAUUUCUGUAUGAACCGAACAACACACACAAAAUACUGGAGAAACUCAGCAGGUCAGGCGGCAUCUACGGAAAGGAAUUAACAGUCAACAUUUUGGGUCGAGACCCUUCAUCAGGAUUGGAAAAGAAGCAUCUAUGGAAAUGAAUAAACAGUCGACGUUUCAGACCAGGCCCUUUAUCAGGGCUGAUGAAAGGUCUCGGCCCAAAACAUAGACUAUUUAUUCCUCUCCAUAGAUACUGCCUGACCUGCUGAGUUCCUUCUGAAUUUUUUCAUGUUGCUCUGGACUUGUCUUUAUUACCCUAUUCCUUCAUUGAAAUAAUUGAUGUUAUUUGUUUUAUUUUCCCUUCUAGUUUUCCCACUGAAUGAGCUAAUGUCCCUUGGUAACUGGUCUGUGGUUUGUGGCUGGAUCACCACAUAGGGAUUAACAUUUUGGUCCAAAGUCAGAAUCCCAGUGAGUUACUAACUGUGCCUUCGUCAUGUCAGCCAAUCAGCAACAAGACAUUGGUUUGCAGUAAUUUGUAUUUAACAUUUAAAAGCAAUUUUGUUCUUCAUUAAUUUCAAGUUCCAUUUCCUGAGUCUCAGCAGAAACUAGGACUUGACAUCAUUUGGAUAAUUUGGUAAUCCUUCUCUUCCAAAUUCCUUGCCUUUAAAUUGGAAUCUGUUGGGAGUAAGGAGGAAUGUGGAGGAAGUUUGGGUUUCACCUCUCGUGUGAACAUGCUUCUUCAAGAUUAGAAGAGCUGCACGUGGUGGAAACGGGAAAUAAAAUCAAGCUGCAGGAAGGUGGCAGGUUAACAGUGUCUGUGGAAAAGGAACAGAUAUUACUCUCAAGGAUGGCCUGUUCUCAAUACCAGGAAAGGAAAUGAACACAGGUUAAUUUUACAUUGCAGAGAUUGGAGAGAGAUGAGUGGGUCAGGGAGCUCAUGGUUGUGGGGAUCAGGCAUCUGGCUGAUAAAGUUAAUGGGGUUGUUAGGAGGAUAGAGCCAACAAGUGAACACACACAAGUUGUGACGUGCACAUUGGGACUGUGGGACACACUCUCGUCAUUUAGCUGUGAAGUGAAGCUCAGGGCUGUGGGACACACUCUGGACCUUAAUCCACAGAUACGGCCUGCAAUGUUGAGUGUUUCUGUAUUUUGUUUAAUUCCCUGUGAAUCCGGUCACUGCUAUUGCCUUCCAUGUGUAUGUAGAAAAUGAGGGGAUGUAUUCCUCAUUCUUGGCUGGAGCAUCUGUGUUACCGGCCUGUAUGUUUCUACAGAGACAGCGAAGUCUACCACAUGACCACUUCCAUUCCACGGCUUUGCAUUCUUCCUUCAAUGUUUCCACUGCACAGCUUUCAGUAAUGGCCUUGCUUGAGCCAUGCUAGGGGUGAGUACAGAUCUCCUGGACCUCAAUAGGCAUUAGAUGUGUUAGCUUUCACACAAAGUAGUAGGCAUUCCACCUUUCAGAUGUUGUACAGGUGAGCUGGUGAGUUCUUUUGUAGAUGGGUGAUAUGGUUGAUAUGGUUCAUGUGAACAUGUCUACAAGUAGAUUCCAGUAGAAUUGAUAACUGUUCUCACAGUAGAUUCACAAAGGCUAUAUACAAUGGAGUUAAUUCCAUCAUGUGGGAAAUCUCUGGAAGAACAGUAUCUCUGUCACAAAAGAGAAAAGUAAAGGACACUGUUGUGUAACAGCAGGUUUAGGAACAGAGGUGAGAGUAAGGUACCAUCCAAAGAAACACAAUUGUGUGCUAUAGGGUAGAGAGACAGCCCUGACCCUGAUCAUAGCCUUCACGUUCCCAAAUAAUUAGAUUCAACGAAGUUGGGUCAAUCGAUCACAUCACUUGGAGCUGCUCUGAGCAUAGAUUCUUGAAUUCAACACUAGUUCUUGCAAGAGUGUGCAAGUUGGAAUCAGCACUGCACUCUGCCUAGUCUUGUUAAGCUGGCUUUCCAUGGGUCCGCUGGACCUACUGACACGGACAGUACCAGCUGGGUGGCUUUGGGGAUCACCAAAGACUAGCAGACUGCAUUGUGUGGGUAUCUGAGAAAACAGAACCCCACACCUCUGCAAGCCUCUAGCAGCUGCUUUGUAGACCAGUACAGGCCCUUCGGCCCACAGUGUUGUGCCAUCCUUUUAAUCUGCUUUAAGACCAAUCUAACCCUUACCUCCCACGCAGAAACAUAGAAAACCUACAGCACAAUACAGGCACAAUGCUGUGCCGAACAUGUCCCUACCUUACAAAUUACCUAGGGUUACCCAUAGCCCUCUAUGUUUCUGAGCUCCAUGUACCCGUCCGGAAGUCUCUUAAAAGACCCUAUCGUGUCCGCCUCCACCACAGGCAGACUAUUCCACGCACCCACCAUCUGUGUAAAAGAAAAAACAACUUAACCCUGACAUAGCUCUCCAUUUUUGUUAUCAUCUGUGUGCCUAUUUAGUUAAAGUCUGUCCCGAGCCUUGUGGCCCAUCAGGCCGGUGCUUAUGCCGGGGUUCUGUGGUGUGAAGCGACUGAGGGUACGAGACUGCCCCCCGGAUAGGACGCCAGUCUAUCACGAGGUUAACCCCCAGCAUUUGCCGGUACCCAUUUUCAGUUGGGUGGACUGGAGCAGUGUGUGGUUAAGUGCCUUGUUCAAAGACACAACACGCUGCCUCGGCCGAGACUCAAACCCACGACCUUCAGAUCGUGAGCCCAACGCCCUAACCACUUGGCCACGCGCCACGUGUGCCUAUUUAAGUGUUUCCUAAAUGUCCCUAAUGUAUCUGCCUCUUCCAGCACAUGUGACCCACAUACCCACCAUUCUUGUGUAAAAUAAAUCAAUAACCUCUGACAUCCCCAUAAAUUUUCCUCCAAUCACUUUAAAAUAUGCUCUCUCCUAUUAGCCAUUUCCACCCUGGGAAAAUGUCUCUGGCUGUUAACUCUAUCUAUGCCUCUCAUCAUCUUGUACACCUCUGGCACGUCACAUCUCAAGACAGGUUGGGGACUAGACCUCAACUGGACAGCUGUGAUCCAGGCAGCCAUGAGGAGCAUGCAGUCUGGAGAAAUGGCCAAGCUGCAUCAUGACAUGAACAUCAGGUUGAGCUGCCGUGGAACAGAAACAUUUCGCUCCUUCGCCUGCAAGGAGCUGUACAAGAACCGACAGGAUUUUAAUUAAGUUGCAGCAGGUUGCCUUGGUUUGUCUAAAAAUCUAAUGAGGUUGCUUCUAAUAAGUAUAAUGAAUGUUGUAAUACUGUUGUGGUACCUCUAUCAGCACUUGUCCUUAGUACCGGCAAUGUUCACAGUGUGACACUGUUAAUUUAGCAACACUUUGUAUGUAUUUAUAGAUCUUGUGACUUUCACAUUGCUGCCAGCACAUUGGAGUGUUUAAAGUGCCAAAUGGAGAUAGUGAUUACCUGCUUUGAAACCAGUAAAAUAAAUCAACAGUUUUC